AAACUGAUUCGAAGUAUUUUGAGACUAAAGCUGUAAUUUUGCAGCAGACUAGGACCGGAGUUGGACCGGAGUUGGACCGGAAAGCUGAGCGCAGUAACGGAGCGACAGCCUCGAGCACGGAGUGCGUCAUCUUUUCAUAAACGAUCUUUGUCCAGUCUCAUCGCGAGCUCCUCCGCGCAGCCUCCCUGCAUCCUAGCGCGAGCAUCAUUCACUGCGCACCGAGCACCGACAGAGACACCGACCCACCGAGCGGACGACGGCUCCGUUAGCGGACAUAUGAAGUCUCUCUCUCCCGGACCAGCGGCUUGUUUUCGGUGAUUUCUCUCCUCGUCGCUUCUCUAUGGAUGUGAAAUAAAAGCGGGCGGUAGUUAGUCGGUGUCCUCUCCAUCUCUCUGCACUUCUCCCGCUCCGUCAGGACCGCAUCCUGCCCAGAUCCACAAAAUGGCGGACAUCAUCGAGCUGGGACCCGCCUACGCCAUGUCUCCGGUCCUGGCGGGCUUCCUGGGAGCUGGUGUUCUGGUUUUGGUCGUAGUGGUUCUGGUUCUGCUCUGGUCUUUCUGUCAGCGCCGUUACCUGCGCAUCUCUGGACGCUACAAGCUGCAUGGCGACCGUUACUGCGACGCCGAAGACCCCCCCUACAAGUUCAUCCACAUGUUGAAGGGCAUCAGCAUUUACCCAGAAUCCCUCAGCAGCAGCAAGAGGAUCGUACGCAGCAUCCGGCGCGUGGACCGCUCUGACCGCGAGGGAGAGCGAGGCGGCCCCGCCGCCGCCACAGCGAGGGGCAUGGUGCUGGUGGACGCCGAGAACAACAUCCUCGACGUCCCGGGGCAGCUGCAGAUGAGUCACCUGGUUCCCCCCGCCGGGUCGGGCCCCGCCCACGGCCAGGCCCGGGUGGAGCGGGCUCUGCCGGUCCGCGCCGACUACUGCUGCUUGGACAGCAGCUCGGCCAGCAGCAGCCAGACCAGCAGCAAGACGGCGUCCCCCUUCACCCCCGCGUCCUCGGAGCCCGAGCCGGAGCCCAGCCUGGGCGCCAUCAGCCUCACCGUCGACUACAACUUCCCCAAGAAGGCCCUGGUGGUGACCAUCGUCGGGGCCCGGGGCCUACCCGCCAUGGACGAGCAGGCGGGCAGCUCGGACCCGUACGUGAAGAUGACCAUCCUGCCGGAGAAGAAGCACCGCGUCAAGACCCGCGUGCUGAGGAAGACCCUGGACCCGCUGUUCGACGAGACCUUCACCUUCUACGGCGUGGCCUACAGCUCGCUGCCCGAGCUCACCCUGCACUUCCUGGUCCUCAGCUUCGACCGCUUCGCCCGAGAUGAUGUCAUCGGGGAGGCCGUGGUGCCGCUGAAGGGCGUGGACCCGAGCACGGGCCGAGUCCACCUGAGCCAGCAGAUCACCAAGAGGAACAUGCAGUGUGAGAGUCGUGGAGAGCUGCUGGCGUCUCUGUCCUACCAGCCGGUGUCUCACCGUCUCAGCGUGGUCGUCCUGAAAGCUCGACACCUCCCCAAGAUGGACAUCACCGGCCUGUCAGCAAACCCCUACGUGAAGGUGAACGUCUUCUACGGCCGGAAGCGCAUCGCCAAGAAGAAGACCCACGUGAAGAAGUGCACGCUGAACCCGGUCUUCAACGAGUCCUUCAUCUACGACAUCCCGCCCGAGCUGCUACCUGAGAUCUCCGUGGAGUUCCUGGUGGUCGACUUCGACCGGACCACCAAGAACGAGGUGCUGGGCCGCCUGCUGCUCGGCCUCCACAGCCCCGCCCCCUCCGGAGCCUCCCACUGGAGGGAGGUCUGCGAAAACCCCCGCCGGCAGAUCUCCAAAUGGCACAACCUGAGCGAGUACUGAGGGACGACCACCAGAAACCAGCUGACACCACCGACCGGCUGGGACUCCACCAGUGAAACCACUGGGAAAUAAAGACUCAGUGUACAGCACACACACACACACACACAUACACACACACACACACACACACACACAACAUACACACACACACUGUUGUGAUCAUAGUUAAACACUCUCUCUCUCUCUCUGUCUCUAUUAUCUCUCUCUACCACCACUACAUUCGCAAGUCUAAGAAAAACCCUGCAGUUCUUUAUUACAGCGAACAAACAAAAGAAAAGGAGCUGUUUUUAAAAAGAGAAACCAUGAAAUCCAUUUCUAAGACUGUUCUCGUGUCUCCUGGCUGCCCGUGUGUGUAGACGGGGAAGAAAUGCUCGAAUAUGAUUUAAAAAGAAAAAGAUUCCCCCCCUUGCUGUUGUCGUCAUGCAGUUCAUCGCAUGUCUGUCCGAAGAGAAAAACAAAACGACUCCGAAUGAAGAGUCGUGAACUGCUGACAUCACACUGACUGACAGGAAGGCAUUUCAGAAAAACAAGUGAUGAAAAUUUAAAUACUCACUAACACUGCUUAUACCUAAACGCUGAAUAUAUCCAAGUAUAAUUACUCUUCAGUAGGACCAAAUAAGAAACUGCUGCAAACCGCCCACGUCUCGACCCUGAUACUCGACCACAAGAUGAAAUAUUGUCCAUUUUUUGGGGCUAAUGGUUGUUUUAGUCAGCAGCAUGCUCCCUGCCUGCAGUGUGACGGCUCCACUCCUCUUCAAGAAGAGUAAACAUCAUUUCCACUCAUCGCUCCUGCAGCAGAACGUACGACUGCGCCUCGAUCCUGCAGGACGUUUCUUCCAACGCCCUCGUUUUAGUGUGGAUGUGGAUUUAAAAACUGGUCUCCUGACUGAAGACUACUGUAGAUGCUAGCAAAUCAGCUUUCUGCUCAGGAAGACGAGCAGACCGAGAGACGAUGUAAAAUACUUGUUUGUAACACGAAUGAUAUUUAAUUUACAAAAUUCUCAAGAUCCUCUGAAGGAAGCAGGAAGCAGCUGUGGUGGCUGAUGGUUGUUUUAAGCCUGUGAUCUUGAGAUGAACUGAUUUGUCUUCAUCCUGACUUCAUUAUCUCACUAUCUGCUCUGAGCGGCAGCAGGUCUUCGUGGAUCCUUCAGUCCUACGAACUAGUUUCAAACAGUGAUUCACUAAACCAGGUUGCACCGUUAAAACUGAACAAACGUCUCGGCGAGUAAAGACUUUAGUAAAUCUGUUGCUAGGAAACAUCUGUAGCGCCGUCCAAUCAGGAGCAGUCAGCUACGUAAACAGGAAGUGACUGCAGCAUCAGGAGCUAGCAUAACUUCCAAACAUCACAGCUUCAGAGGCUGAAAGAGAAAUCUGUAAAUGUUAGUUUUAUUUCUGUCUGCAGACACGCAGAAGUCUGUGUUUCAGAGUCAGCAGCAUUCAUACAGUUUAGAAUGAGAGGAAAUAUCUGACUAUGCUAAGCUAACUGACGUUAUUUACUCAUUUAGUCAAGUGUUAUCAGCAUAACGUUUCAUAGUUUGAGGUGUGUUGUGUUAUUUCAGUGAAAUGUAAUUUAAAAUCACCAGACUGACGUCAUUAUUAAACAGCGUUUAUCAGGUUUCAGGUCGACCGUACUCCGUAUUAACUGUUUUACUCUUCCCUCUGAACGGCUCAGAUGUUAGCAUGCUAACGUUAGCUGUGUCAGCUGGUUCAGUUAGCGAACAACAGCUCCACCUGCAGUUAGUGGCUGUAAACAUUUAGUUACAACUGAUCUGCACGUGAGAACUAGUUAGUGAGCUGCGACCUGGUUUAAAGUAGUGACGAUGAAGCUGCUCUUAGUGACAGCGACGACAGAGCGAGGGAAAGCCUGAACUGAUGAACGGCUGCUGACAGACUGCUGGAGGUAAAACUGGUGUCAUACAGGAAACAUCAUCGACAUUCGGCCUUUUAAUCUGCGCUCCGUGUGUGAAACAUCAGUCAUGGCCGAGUACUGGCCCCAUUCAAAGUCCACAUCCAGUCGAGGUGGAAACUCUUCAGUCACUGUGUAGUUUGUCCAUUUUCAUCAUUCAGACGGCGACACAGACACUCAGCGCUGAUUCUGUCUGUGCUUCAGUAUCGUCAGUUCGUACUGAACGCCUCUGAAUCAGCCGUCAGUAGCUCCCUGCAGCUGUGUCGGUAUCUGUUCGUGUCAGCUGCUAAAUGACAAGAAAUGACAGAAGUAGAGAAAUGCCAAAGAAAUGUUUUGAAACAGUGUCUCCACCCUGUAGUUUGUCCACCAGAGAGACAUGUUUAUUUUUACCCUGUAAGAUGUCCUGCUCAGCACGUCCUGGUCUGGUGAAGCCCGUGGAACGGUGCGGUUCAGGUCGGGUGAAGGUCGCGGUUACGGUUAAUAAAAAGGUGGACAGGACGCGAGCGGAACGAAAGUCAGACACGAUGCACAGCUUUACUGUCCACCUCUCUGAGGAAAGGACGCACUGGUUGCUGUGUUGGACUGGGAUACAUUUAGGUCUCAGAUGCUGUCUCAGCGAGGAUGACAGGUGGACAGGCACCAGGUGUGAUUGCAGAUUGAGCGUACUGUGUCCUCCUGAACGUUUAUAUCUACAGAGAACCUGAUCAGCAUUUGUUCCAGCUUUGAGACAACAGUCUUGAUCUCAAGAUGUUCCAAUGAAACCAAACGUGGGUACUGUGUGGAACCUGGAGAUAAUGAGAUAAUGAAGUCGGGUCGACAAACAUCAGUAACCACAGCUUCCCUUUGCUUCCUUUCUUUCUCUCUGUCUCAUUUUGUGCAUUUCGAUUCUCUUCUCGGCCAGAUUUGUCCUCUAACUUGCACUGGUUUGUAAAAGAUUUCCCCCUGUGAACAUUUCCCUGCAGAAAUGAUUUGAUCCGCCAGCUGGUGGCGCUGUUACAGCUGUUUUGAAUUGAUUUGAGUGUGUUCAUAAAGCCCAGUGGAUAUUUGUCAAAGUGAAGUUGAAAUUAGUUUGAAUAUUUAGUUUGAGUGAUGGGAGACUGUUCUCCACAGUCAGUACUCUCUGUUCUCCAACCUUUAGUCUCAAAAGCACAUUUUAGUCCCAGUUUAAAGUUAAUCCACCUUAAAUCUGCUCAUCGGCGAGGCCGACAUUUCAGAGAUUAAUAACUCGUGUAAAACUAAAUUUCACUUAGAGUCAUAGAGCUGUAAAGACGUGCUGAGCCACAGACAGCGUUUAUCAUCAACAGAAAAUCUGAUAAAUCGUCUGAAGCUGUAGACGGACGGACUGACUGUAGAUUUGUACAGAUAUGAAGAUGUUUGCUGGUUUCCUUCCUGUCUGAUGUCCUCGGAGCUUUAGUGUGUUUGAGCGCCCCCUGCUGUAGACCUGGAUGCUAACCUCUGUGUUAGGUUUGUUAACACUAAUUGGACGUGCAAAUAAAAAACAAGUUAGCCAUG